AUGGUUGCGCCAGCUGUCCCCGAGAUCUUCGAGGAAGAGGACCUACUUGCUGCCGUCGAUGCGCGCACAGAAUCACUACAAAAUCUGAGGGAAUUGGGUCCCCCGGAUCUGGUUUACUUGAUCAAGCAGCCAAAGACCGGUUCAACUCGUCAGACUGGAGUUUACCACCACGUCACCGGAAUUGAUGCCUCGUCCUCCGCCAGUUUAGCCGCCUAUGUGAAUACUCUAGUAUCCUCCCCGCUAGACAAAACAAAUAAAGUGGUAUCUGGAAUCUAUAGCUGCUACAAUGCCUUCUCCCACCUGGACAUGCGAGUCGAAGUCAAAAUUCCCGGAAGUCUCGAAAGUUACUGUAUCGACGAGCGUGGAGACAAACGUGUUGCGACCGAAGCAUUGUGGCUGGAAACUUUUCUUUGUGGUGUUCUGAGAGCGUACUCGUAUGCAGACGACGGCAGCGGUGAUGCGAUCAGAAAAAUUGUUGGCGUCCGUCGGUUCAAUCCAGUCACGAAUACGGAGAUGGAGCAUAGGUUCCUGGAUGCAGCCGAGAAGUUAUUCUUCCUAGGCAGACAACUCAGCUCAGACCCUGAAACGCAAGUCCCGAAUACUGUCAGCAAUCACCUCACUUCUGGCCUGCUCAAGUACAUCCAUACUACGGGACGAUACGCCUCCGGUAUCAAUCUCUUUGAGAAACUUCGUACAAGGGAUGUGGAGGUAUCUUCUCUACUUGCUCGUGUUUUCAAAAUGGCAGAUGAGGAGGUUCAAGCAGUUCGGCUUAUGUACGAUGCUUUGCAAGACGUUCCGAUGGAUUACGCUCUCCUCGACUGCCAAGCUGCCUUCUGCGCGGACAAGGGAGAAGGGGAGAUGGCUUUAGAGUGCGCAAAGCGUGCCGUGACCGCAGCUCCUAGCGAGUUUAGCACCUGGGCUCGGCUGGCCGAGGUCUAUGUGAACCUAGAACAGUGGGAUUUGGCCCUUCUGACGCUUAACUCCUGUCCGAUGUUUACCUAUCAAGAUAAAGAUACUCCUCGCAUGCCCCAACCGUCGCGCAUCAUGCUUCCCAUUCUCGCUGAAAGUAUGCUGGAAGAGAUUGACGAAGGUCAGCCAAAGCAAGGAGAUCCUCACGACUAUGUGCAUCCUUCAUUACGAAGAUUGCAUGCAGCUACAUACCAGGGAACCUUCUUAAAAGCAUAUAACCUGUUGACCAAGGUGGCUGCUGCCAUCGGCUGGGACCAGCUUCUCAGGGUCCGCAGCGAGGUUUUCGUCAUGGAAGAGGAGUAUCGCACCGAACGCCAUCACUCCACGUCAAAGCAAUCAUCGAUUGCAAAUGUUAGCCCUCCAGAGACGAAUGGUAACGGCGAGCAGGAGAACGGAGAGGCGGCUGACGAAGAUGAUACCGCGGAGACGACUGCCAAUGGAGAUGAUAGCCAGCAGGUCGAGCAUUCAAUCGAGAGGCCCGAGCAAACAGUGGCCUCUGAAGUCGUCAAGUCCGGUAAUGAAGAUCCUGACCCAUCACAUUCAUCAUACACCCAGUUCAAGAACAAGCGUCUGUGCGAACGAUGGCUAGAUAAUCUUUUCAUGGUUCUCUAUGAGGACCUUCGAAUAUACACCAUCUGGCGAACUGAGAUAGCCCAGUUCCGCCAACAAGCGAUGGAAUACAAGAAAUCAGCCACCGAAUGGGAAAUACUCGGCGAGUUGGCAGAGCGACUACACCACUUUGACGAAGCAAUCGAAGCUUACCAGGCCUGUUUGUCAAUUCGUUUCUCGCCAAAGGCCAUGCGCGGAAUCCUCAAGAAGCACGAGCAGAAAAAUGACACAAGGGGCAUGCUCAGCGCUUUGAUCCGUCUUAUCGCCUGGCAAUACCGCUGGUACUCUGAGUUUUCCCCCGAACUGCUCUUCAUGAUCCGCAAGCUCAUCGAAGACGAAGGCGCCGUCAAGGUCCGCAGCAUCGUCCAGGCCACGAACCUCCCCCAGGCGGUCCUCGAUCUAACCCAUCAAUACUGCCAGCUAUGUGCGACAUUCCGCAGCAGCGGUAGCGACGGUUAG